GAAUUUGGUAACAGAGAAACUCAGCAGCACCUUCACUCUCAAUGUCAAGUUUGAAAAUACGACGUACAAUCUCAAAUAUCAAGGCACCAAAACUAUUCUCGAAGUUAAAGGAGAUGUAUAUACCUUAACGAAUGUUCAUGUUCGCAAUCAAUUGUGGAGUGGUUGGCCCCCCAAUAUAGACGACCACACAAUGUUAGCUCUAUCAGGAAUCAAUUAUCCUGAACAUGAUUUGACCGUUUGCCGACUUACUACAACUAAUCACACUAGAGAGAAGAGAAGUGUACCGAUUGUCCAGAUUGAUAGUGAUGAUGACGAAUUUGAAGACGCUUCUGAGAGUUUUACUGUAGAUGAUGAAUAUUUCGUAGACAAUGACGUUUCACCCGCUAAGAGGACAGAGCCUUUAAUUCCAGAUAAUAUUGAAGACGAAAUUAUUGGCAGUAUUACUUUCUCGGAACAGUUUACGGCAAGAUACGGUCACAUCCAUCCAGCGUUUUAUCAAAGCACUCUUGAAGAUGCAAUAAAAGAAGCCUGCUCAAAGCCAGCUAAAGAUAAAAAAAUCCUGGCCAUCUACCUUCAUCACGACGCAAGUGUCUUAACAAAUGUGUUCUGUACUCAGUUGUUGGGUUUCGAGAGUGUAAUGCAAAUGUUUGAAAAGAAUUUUGUUUUGUGGGGCUGGGACGUCACGUUCGAGAGUAAUCGUACAAAGUUACAGCAAUCAGUGAACAAUUGUUUAGGUUCAACAGCAGCGAUGAGCUUGAGAAACAUACCAGUAGAUAGGUUACCAGCUAUAUUCCUUAUUAUGAAGAUUAGAUCUACGACUGAAAUUUUCAAUGUAGUGUAUGGAAAUGUAGGUGUAAAUGAACUAUUAUCAAGUCUGAUAGAGUGCGUGGAAGUGUUCACGGAACAUCAACGAGUUGAAAUUAAAGAAGAAGAAGAACGCGCCGAACGGGAACUCGUCAAAUUCGAACAAGACAUGGCAUUCCGAGAAAGCUUAGAAGCAGACCGAGCUAAAGAGGAAGCAAAAAGGAUGCAGGAAAGAGCAGAAAAUGAGGAGAGGCAAAGACUGGAAAGUGAGAAAGCGGAGUCAGAAGCCAAAAAAGAGGCUCACCGUAGACAAGUUGAAGCAAGUCUUCCACCAGAACCUCCCCUCGGUCAAGGGGAUGGUAUCACUAAAAUUCGAUUCAGAUUACCAAAAGGAGAUAACCUGGAAAGAAGGUUUCAGGCCAAUACUCCGCUCAAAGUAUUGCUGGACUUUUUGGUAGUGAAAGGAUACCCAUCAGAGGAAUACAAAGUCAUAUCUAGUUGGCCUAGAAGAGAUUUAACCUCGCUGGAUAAAUACCAAACACUCAAAGAAUUGAAGCUGUGUCCUCAAGAAACUGUGAUAUUAGAAGAAAGAUAAUUUUCAUCACAUUCCCUCACGAAGGGUUAGGUUUUUAUACCGGCAUUUAAACAAUGUAAAGUUUAUUUAAUAUAUUUUUAAUUUGAUGUAGUAAAGAAUAAUUGAAAUGUAUUCAGUCCGACAAAUAUACAUUAUAUAAAACAA